AUGAUUGAUCCUCAACAAAGGAACCUCGAAACAGCCGACAAAGAGCAACAAAAUCAAAGGGAAAACGAUGUCCAACUGCGCUGGCAAGAAGUGAUUGAUAAGGGUGGAGAAGGGGCUCCGGAGUGGAUGAAAGAAGCGGCCGCAAGGAGAAAGGCAGCACAAGAAAAGGAAUCCACACUUGCACCAUGGAUAAAAGAACUCAAAUUGAAGAAUAAGGACUUAGCACGCAAGGCUGGACAUUUGUAA